AUGCCACGAGCUGGUCCCGCAUGCCUGACCUGCCGGCAAAAAUGCCGUAAGUGCGAUCGUGCUCGUCCUGAUUGUCAACGAUGCAUCUCGAAAGGUUUAGUAUGCGGGGGAUAUCCAGAACAGUUCCGAUUUUGUGGAAUUGCCAGUCGAGGUAAAUGGAAGGGUGCUCGCAUCCCAGUGAGCAGUAGAAGCUCCACCAGAACACGAACAGGAGUAAGCGAUGCAGCCUCGGAGACCAAUGUAUCGACGCAAGAAGUUACUGUGACUGCUCGGCUACCUUCAGAAGGUGACCAAACCUCUGCAGCCACCUCAAAUGAUAGCUCGAAGUCCCCAGAGGAAGCGCCUGUCCCGGGAAGCCCUCCCGCAAAACGCAGCCGGCCACUGCCAGAGCUUCCAGACGAUGUUACCACACUUCUCAAUUCUCCUGACACAGCCAGAUUGCUAGGCCACUACGAUGAGAUUGUCUGCCCUCAUCAGAUAGCUGAGGUGGGAGAUGACGCAGAAAACCCAUAUCGAGCGUACAUUCUCCCGUUGGCCCGAAAGAAGAUCGGCUUGUUGUAUGCCGUUCUUGGACUUGCUGCUUCUCACCUUGGGCGACUGACUGACGACGAGUUCCUACACGAGGCUACUGCAGUCGAGUACCGAAUGAAGGCCAUACGUGCGCUCAGCGAGGAAAUCCGCAAGAGCCAGAGGACGUCUCUGCUCGAAGACGAGCAGGAUACUGUCUUGGCGAUAAUUCAGGUUUUAUUACUUCAUGAUAUUUGCGAAUCAGGGGUUUCGAGCCAUGGAAUUCAUAUCACAGGCGCCAUGUCCGUCUGUAAACAGCUGCUCAUUGCCGAGGGACUGCAUGGUCGACGUCAGCGGGCUGUGUUCUUUCUUGGUAACCUCGCCUGGCUUGAUAUUAUUCGAGCAUUUGCUGGAUCAGAAAGAAUGUGUUUUUCCCAGGAUAUCCGCGAGUUGGUUGCUUGCGCAAGCGAUAAAAAGUUCGAAUUGGUAAACGGGUGUCCUAGAGAAGUCUUCCUGGUCAUUGGUGGAGCACUGGAGAAAGCAAAGGAAUACACACUGGGUUGGUCAACCUGGGAUGAGUAUCAAAUUGCCUUGCUCCUAGCGAGGCAUAAGCUCUACUCGUGGGACCCACAAGGGAGGAAGUAUCCUAGUACUGACCCUCUUUGGCUGGCCAUCGCGGAGGCUUUUCAGUUCGCAUGUAUACUGCGCAUUCUUCGGUUAUUAGACCCGUCCAAGCCAGCAAGCAGUCUGGAUAUACACGAAUGUGUCAGAAGGAUUCUUGACGCAACGGCGUUGAUCUCUUCGGACUGCUCGUUACUGGAGCUUCUCGUCUUACCUGUUUUCAUGGCAGGAGCGGAUUGUCUCUCGCGCCAUUCGCAGUAUUAUGUUCUGACGAGACUGCACGAAAUCGAGCGGAGGUCGGAAUUUCGCAACCCAGUUCCAGCUGACUUACUGAGAAAGGUGUGGGAUGCUCGUGCAGCACAGGCACCAGAUGAUUCCACAAACAUCUCAUGGACGACUUUCACACACUGUCCAGGAUUGGCGCGACAACACGAUUAUUUGAUCAUAUGA